CCUGGUGGUUCUGGUGGCCCUCAACAUGCUGCUGUUCUACAAGCUGUACUCUCUGGAGCGGGCCGCUCACACCCUGGAGAGAUGGCACUCCUACUCUGUGACUGACAGUCCGUUGCCUCAGACGGCGGGGGAGUGGGCUCAGGUUCUGCACCUGCAGAGGCGGUUCCAUCAGGCCCAGCUCAGCAAGUGGCAGCAGAUCCUGCAGUCCUCCGUCACACUCCUGGACCAGGUGAGUGCACCUGUCUCAGUCCUGGACCAGAUGAAGCAGUCGUUGGAGAAGCUCCACCGGAACAUCGUGGUCCCGGAGGUCCAGCAGGACCCCUCAGAUGAGACCCCCACAGAGUCCCUGACUGAAGCCUGAGGGGUUCAGAACCACCCGGGCCAAUUCUGGACCUGAACCCGUCUGUAGUUUCUGCAGGUGGACUACACUACCCACAAUCCUCCUGUCCUGACUGACUUGAAGACCUCCAGCUUCGACCGGACCGGAGCUCCAGAACCACAGCAAUAAUCCUGCAUCCCACCUGAACACAAUGCACAGAACCGGGUCACAGGUGGGCCCGGUCGCACCGCCCGCCAAUCAUUUCAACCCACCACAGACCCCGCCCCCCUACUCCUCCUCGACCCGGGACGGGACGGGACCGGACCAGGACCAGGACCACAGCAGUAUUUAUUAUUACCUCUGAAGUCUCGUCUCUGAGGUGUCGUGACGCUGCGCUCUGAUUGGCUGUUUGACCAAGAGAUGAAAAAACCCGGUUUCAGCAAUAAUGAGAACGGUUCUGGUUCUGUUCAUGAAUGUUUAAGUGUGUGUGUGUGUGUGUGUGUGUGUGUG